CCUCGACGGCUGAUGAAAGUCGACCACAGAGGAACGUCCUCCUGCAGGAGACAUAAAUACACAGACGGAGGUUUAUCAACACUUUAUGGAUGAAAUCCCUUCAAACGGCUCACUGGAAAAAGAGGAAGAAGGUGAAAAGAGGAAGUUGCAAAUUUCCUGAAUCUGGAAACUUUCCUUUGUGUGGUCACUCAGUUAUUUUCCUCCAACUUGUUCAACCACCAAACAAAACCACAACUGAACCUGCAAAUCACUUUUUUUUAAUUAUCCUACCGAAAUUUGACUCCGAUUCAUCUGUUCAGGUUACACAAAAGUAAAUAACACAUUCAAUUUUCCAUGAUGCUGUCAAAGCAAAACGUCACGAUGUUGAACACGUCGACCGCGGUCCCCGGUGGUGGUGGUCGAGGCGGCGGCUGCCCACCAGUUGGCAUCCAGCUGGAGGGUUUGAUCCUCCCUCCGGUCCUCACCAUUGACGUCGUGCUGGGGCUUCUGGGAAACGUGUUGGCGCUGUGGAUUUUCUGCUUUAAACUGAAAUCCUGGAACCCGAACACGCUGUUCCUCUUCAACCUCGUCAUCGCAGACUUCCUGGCCCUCGUCAGUCUGCCGCUGAGGAUCGAUGCCUUGCUCCGGGGUCACUGGGUGUUUGGAGAUGGCAUGUGCAGAAUCAACCUCUUCCUGAUGUUUUCCAACCGCUCGGCCAGCAUCGCACUGAUGACUGUGGUGGCCAUUUACCGAUACUUUAAGGUGUGUCACCCUCACCACCGCUUCAACCGUAUGACGAAGCGCCAGGCGGUGUUCGUGUCGCUGUUCGUGUGGCUGCUGGUGAUCAGCCCUCGAGUUCCCAUGUUGGCCUACAACCACAUCAAGGGCAGCGGCGAACGCACCCAGUGCUUCUUCUUCACCUCGUACAAAGAGGCGUCGCGGGCCAUCAUCAUCCUGGUGAGCAUGCACCGCAUCCUGACGGUGCUGGAGUUCGUCGUCCCGAUGGCCAUGCUGCUCUUCUGCUCCGUGCGGAUCUUCAGCUUCCUGCGGGGGCGGCAGAUGGGGAACCCGGGCAAGAUGCGCAAGGCGAUGCGAGUGUGCGUCGCCAUCGUGGCAGUGUUCAUGGUGUGCUUCCUGCCCACCACCAUAACCACCAUCGGGCUGUGGGUCAACCGCUCGUUCUUCCCGGCGGACUGCGCCUCCUUCUACACCUUCACGCAGCUCACCAUCGUGUCUCUGGGGCUCAACUUCCUCAACUCGGCCCUGGACCCCAUCGUCUACGUCUUCUCCAGCUCCAUGUUCAGGAAGGCGCUCUGCAGCUCGCUGCCCCGCGCCCUGCGCUGCGGACAGCACGCAGCCGAGGACGAGAACACGGCGUCCUCAUCGGGGACUCAGUCCACCACCCAGCAGGAGCUGAAGUCCAUGGGGGCGGACAGAGGGAGCGAGGCCAUGUGAUGAGCUGCUCCUCCGAUAAAGACUGCAGCGCUGAGAAGAGCCGAUUCAUCCGAGUUUUGUUUGUUUACUUCGUGUUUAUCGAUGCUGUUGACGCUUUGUUUACAUCCGUGUAUAUUUUUUCAGUUGUAAUAUUUUCUUCAACCCUUUAACACCUAAAUCGACAUCUAAUUUCCUUUACUGCGAUCAAACCUUUCAAGAGCGUUCAAAUAUUAGUAAAAGGUGAUUUUUAAAAAAAUAAAUUUAAACAAGUUGGGGGAAACAUCCAGAAAACUUGAUUUUUAAUUCCUAUACUUAUAUAUCAAAAAUAAUGCUCCAGAAAAAAAAAUAUAACUAAUCUUAAUGUCAUUUUCUUAUGAUU